GGAACCUUUGACCUCCCAUAUCUGUGCAAUCUGUGCCCCAUUUACUCAUUUGUCAUCACUCCCGAAGUUUCUAAGAGCCAUUUAGGGAGUAAAACUUGUCACAAUGGCCUAGAAUGAGCUCCUGUAGAGAUGAGGAAGACGCCAGGCCCAUCUUAGGGUCGAUAAACGCAUCAGACAGGGACUUUACCAGUGGCAGUGUGCCAUCCUUUAACCAAUCAGAGCUAGAGGAACUCAAAGGUCUGGUGAACCACCUGGACCGGACGCUGACCACCCUGAGACACAGACUGACCAGUCAGCAUGGCGUGACCUUUCAGAGCGGAAGCAAUCCGUCACGGACGUGCUCAGAGAGCUCCAGCUCACAGAUCGUGGCAUGGUGGACCAAGUGGUCCUCGCCGUGUAUCGAAAGGAUCACAAAACACCUACUCAUCAUCACACUUCUGUGGCAGUCCCUGUAUGUUGGGAUUCUGUCCCUUAUUGACUUGGCACAUCCUGCUGAGAACAAUGACAUCUUCAUUGCUGGAAUAGUUAUUAUGAUUACCUUCCAGUUGGUGAACCUGGUCCUUGUCAUAUAUACAUCAGUGAAGCUGACUCAGCAGCUGUAUGAACACAAAGCCAGCGCCUCGUUCCUGGGCCAGUCUUACCUGUCCACAGUGCUGCUGUUUGCUGGGCUGUACACUUGCAUCUACAGGCUGGAGCCCAAGAGUUGGAGAGCUGUCCAUGAUGACGAUGCCCAAACACCAGAACUGGUGGUGGUUCUCUUCAUCAAGAUGUUCUUCUUCUCCAUGUCCACUGGAACUCUCUGUGGUGCCAGUGACAUUGUUCCAUUGGAGUGGUUCAACUACCUGUUGGUCAGCGUUCAGAUGCUGCUGAGUUUUGUGUAUUUUGCAUCCAUCUUCACCAUGGCAUCAGGCAUGCCCACUGGUCACAGUCCUGUCAUCAUGGAUCUACAGGUGGACUCUGUGGCACUGACCGGAGAACUGGACAGGGUGGGGAGACCUCGCAGCCAUAGUCUGGCCACAUCAUAUGCACGUGGAUACCGUUUGCCUGACAAUGCUGGGACUGAAUUUCUCCUGGCGUUUCCACAUGGCAGUGGAGGUGUCCAUAAGGCACUCAUCCGAGCCACAUCCUACCUGGACACCACUGUUCAGAUCUUCAGACUGAACGAUCAGCAAAUUGAAAGCAACAUUACACUCAGUUCUGCUGAUUUAGUGCAUGAGGAAACACUGACUGGAUCAUCAGAGCUCGAGGUGUUUAGAUCAGGCAGGACUGGGCAGUUCCUCAGCCGGCUCAUCAAGUCCAAUGAUGAGAUCACGGUGUAUGGUAUGACCAGUGGAGAUGGUUACAUGGCACUGCCCACAGAUGUACUGGGCAAAGAGUACUACGUGGCCAGUUACCAAGGGAACACCGACAGGUCCAGAUCUAGAGUUGUGAUCAUUGGCGUACAUGACCGUACCAUGGUUAGGAUCACCCUGACUGGUGACGUGGAUUUUCAGGGUGCACAGGACCACCCUGAAUCCCGCAGGUACAGUAGCGGAGAGGAUAUCCUACUUGAGCUGCACAGGAUGGAGACAAUCAUCUCUGACCAGCCGAUAGCUGUCCUGAGUGGUACCAAUGGUGCCGUGGUGGGAUCUGGAAAUGCAGGAUUCCUGGUGGAGUAUCUGCCUCCUGUCUACACCUGGGGGAAGACCUUUGUGGUCAAACCUUUGAAUGGGGGUCCUGAUAAAGUCAGGGUGAUUGCAUCCCAACCCACUGACUGGAGCAAAGACAGUGUGCGCAUGGGGCAGAUCAGUGCCGGAUCAUUUGUGUCCGUGGAUGUCAAUGGUGUGACGGUCAUUGAAACUGACAAACCAGUCAUGGUGGUUCAGUAUGUCAGCGGCAGGGGUGGCCUUGCCCCUGCUAUGACAGUCAUCCCACCAGUGGAGCAGUACACAUCAGACUACGGUCUGGCUGCUGCCAACGGCUGGAGCAACAAAGCCACCCUUACUGUCAACACUGCAGAGGAAAGUCGUGUCAAGAAGGACAUAACUACAGCUGUCACUGGCUGGAGCCAACGGUCAGGUUACUCAGCUAAGACUGAGAGCAUCAGUCCUGGUGACCUUACUUACCAGCACAUUGACCUUCAUGGGGCCUUUGGUGUGGUGCAGUAUGGGACUGCUGGGGACAAGGCAUAUAGCUACCCUGGGGGUCAAAGGUUUGCUCCCAUCAACCCCUGUAUUGUGUCAGCUGAUGACGGCGUCCAUGCUGAUGGACUGGAUAAUGACUGUGAUGGACUGGUGGAUGAGGGUGGGCCCGAGGACCACGCCUACUCCCCAUUGGCCCCAGAUGUGUAUGUGGACCGCCACAGCACAACGGAACUGGACUUCUCCUGGAGAGGUUUCCGCAUGCCGCGAGUUGCAAAAUUCAAGCGGGAGUUUGGUGAGGCUGGGAUGGCACCAACGGUUGUCAUCGAUGAUGUGGAAAGGAUCAUAAAGUCGGUGGAGUCCAACAACCUUCUGCCUGGGAGGAAGUAUCAGUUCAAGGUCAUCGCUGUGGAUGUGUCAGAAGUCGAGAGUGAAGCUGCCAUUGUCGUGUUCCCAACUGAUCCAAAACCACCAAACGACCUCCUUCUCCUGUCAAUCACCCACAACUCCAUCUCGCUCGACUGGAACCCACCGGUUGUGGGCGGAGUCACCAGUUACGAAGUCACGUACACGAGCGUAGCGGAGGACGGCGGUCAGACGUUCACGACGUCUGUUCCGGGACACCGCACCUCCGCCACCAUCUCCGGGCUGCAGCCAAUGACGGAGUAUCGGUUCACGGUGACAAGCGUGUUCUUCGGGGUGGCAAGCGAAAGGACAAGUCAGGAAGUAGCCGUGACAAAACUGGAACCACCGAUCAACAUGCAUGUUGAAGCCGCCUCAACCACCUCCAACUCCAUCACUAUAAGCCAGGACAAGGUCUCCGGCUCUACACCGCCCCUAACCAAGGCUUUACAGUAUGCAACCUACGAGGUUUCCUACGGUAACUACACCAGGGAUGCUCUACCAAAGCCUGGGGAGGGAGCAACGCCCUACAGGCCGUUCACCCCUCCAAGUUUUGAAGCCACUGGCCUGGUGGCUGGAGCCAACUACGUGCUGUAUGUGAGGUCAAACUUUGGAGGGAACUCCAGUGAGCCAGUCAUUCUGCGGGAGUCCACAUUCCCAAACCCACCAGCUGACCUUAGGGUAGUGUCCAGUGGCACCACGUACAUUGAGCUGGCCUGGGACCGCCCCACGUCCGGCAACCUGGAGGGCUACGUCGUCACCCAUGGCAUCGUGGGAAGGCCGACGUCCAAACAGUCUGAAAUCAUCACGGACACCAGGCUGACCCUGAACGGCCUGUCUGUGGAGCAUGAGUAUGAGAUUGCUGUGUCCGUGUACAGCAAUGGGAAGGAGAGUCAGGCUGUGACGGUGACACGGCGCCCGUCUGUUGUGCACGUGUGGAGCACCUGGUCGGCCUACAGUCCGUGCAGUCAGAGCUGUGGAGACGGGGUGAGGACCCGCACCAGGCUGUGCCAUCAUGUGGACGGCUCCCCCAGCAUCGAGUGUGACGGGGCCGCUGGGAGGGCUCUGCAGACGAAGCAGAUAGCCUGCGACUUAGACCACUGUCCAGUCCAUGGAGGUUGGAGCAGCUGGGAGGGGUGGGGAGCCUGCAGCCAGUCCUGCGGAGCUGCGGUGCAGCAGCGUGUCCGCAGCUGUUCCCACCCUGUCCCGGUGUUCGGUGGAAAACGCUGCCCUGGUAGUCACCUCCAGGAGAGACAGUGUCAUCAGGACCCAUGUGCAGCUGACGGAGAGUGGUCAGACUGGGGGGAGUACUCGGAGUGCACCCUGACAUGUGGGCGCGGCACACAGCAGCGAACACGGACCUGUCUCGGGCAGGCGGGAACGGGCGCAGCCUGCGAGGGACCGGCCACCGAGACUCGGCGCUGUAACGAGAUGCCUUGUCCAGCGGAUGGGCGGUGGUCUGAGUGGGGAGAGUGGGGACAGUGCAGUGUGUCGUGUGGUGGUGGCAUCACCAACCGUACCCGAGCCUGUGAUAACCCUGUACCCAGCUGGGGAGGCAGGGACUGUGAGGGAAAUGACACAGAGAUACAGAGCUGUGGUCUGGAUCCUUGCCCUGGUGAGGUGUACUGGUCCACCUGGUCAGACUUCUCCACCUGCGCUGCCACCUGCGGCAAUACCACCCACAGCCGCACGAGGGCGUGCAUGAACGGUACCACUGUGGUGGCAGAGUCUGUCUGUAACGGGACUGCUGCUGACACAGUCGACUGGGAGAGGUGCACCAACAACCCAUGCCCAGUUUCUGGAAACUGGGGCGCGUGGAUGGAGUGGUCCCGUUGUACCCAGCGCUGUGGCGGGGGCACCAGGCAGCGGACUCGCGUCUGCAACAACCCCGCGCCUGAGUACGCAGGACGGCGCUGUGAGGGAGACAGCGACGGCAGAGGCAUCCAGACCAUGACUGGACCAUGUAACGAACGCCUCUGCUACGGCAUGCCAAAAUGCGGCACCACGCGUGGCCGCUGUGGCGUGGUGUGGAAGGAAGUGAGAGCGGAGGAAAUACAGCGUAUUCCCUGUGCAGAGCAAGAUGGUGUGUUUGCUACCCGGAAGUGUGGCAGGUAUGGCCACUGGGAGGAGGAGGAUUUCACCAGGUGUACCUCCUCAGCCAUGGAGAAGAUCUAUGCCAAGCUAAGUCAGGUUGAUGGCAGAAUGAUGGCAGUGACUGACAUAGAUCAGGAGCUGAAGCGUCUGCUGGCAGAUCCAGGCUGCCUGUACGCAGGAGACCUGCUGAAGGCCAAGCGAGCCCUGACCAGUCUCAUCCGGAUGAAACCGCUCCUGUAUGCGGACGGCAGCAGAGCAAGGCGUGAACAGUACAUUGAUGACAUGCUUGAAAUUGCCAGCCUGCUGUAUGGUAGGCCCUACUUUGACCAAUGGGCUGAUAUUCAAGGGACUGUAGGCAUCCAGGAGGUGACCAAUAUCACAGACAUUCUGGAGGAGCUGUGUGACACAGUACUGGAGUACAUGAAGAACACCAGGGAAGAGCUCGUCUUGGCCAGGUCCUCAAACAUAGACAUGGAGCUUGAGAUGUACAAGACAUACCGCCGAGAACCCUUCAGUUUUCCCCAGCACACUGAGGACACCCGUGUCAUCCUCCCCAAGUCUCUGGUGGCUAGUGCCAUCCCUGGUCGACAGGAGGUGCCAGUCUGUGCCUUUGACCAUCGCUCCUUACAUCACCUGCUGGACCACCUGGCAGAGCGGAAUAACAAACACAUGACUACUCGGUACCAUCAUGAGAGGGAGCUCAACAGCAAGGUUGUGACAGCCACCAUCCUGCCUGCCCCGCCCCCGCCACUGGCCACCAAAGUGGAGAUCCACUUCAGACACAGAUGGAGGGGGCAGGACCCACUGUGUGUUUUUAUAGAUGAAGAUGACCCAUACAGCAUCUACAACCCGUCUGGCUGCAGUGUUGCAGAGACUGAUGACUACUCCACUGUGUGCAAGUGUAACCACUUCAGCAGCUAUGCACUGCUCUCCAAGCACUAUGUGGAGACUGUGAUUAAUGAGGCUUGGAUCAGCUCCCUGCCUCUGGCUGGCUCCAUCAUCUGUCUCAUCAGCACCUGUCUCGCCUUCAUGUCUCACCUCUUCCUCAGGACAUACCUGUCCAACCGCUGCCUGGUGGCUGAGAAGUUCCUGGUGAUCCUGCUGAUGGCCAGCGCCAUCUUUGUCAGCGGAGUCAACGGAACCUUCCUGCCGGGCAGCCACAAGAUCUUCAUCUUCAUGGACACAUGCCAGUUCAAGGCGGUUGUUCUGCAUUACCUGUUCCUGGCCACCUUCUCCUGGCUGAUGGUGGGUGCUGUCCAGCUGUACAUGGACUGCAUCAAGGCCGCGCCCUGGUGGCUGCUGUACCACGUGAUUGGCUGGAUCAUCCCACUCUUCAUCCAGGCCAUCACCAUCCCGUGGAAGUCAGACGUGUUCCUGGCUUCCAACUAUUGUUGGGUGUCCUGGGAGCAGGGGCUACACUGGUCCCUGUUUAUCCCUGAGAUUGUCCUCUGCCUGAUCACAGUGGUGAUCAUCAGUCUGUCUGUGUAUGUGGAGGACCAACAGGCCCUGCUGGAGCCAGAGAAGUACACAGAGAGGAUGCAUACGUACAUCUGGAGGAACAUCCUGCAGCUGCCGCUCUUCGUGCUGUCCUGGACUCUGGGCCUGGUUGCCAUGGAAACUGAGAACUAUGCCACCCAAGUUUUCUUUGGCCUUUCUCUCAUUUUCCUGGGCCUGUUUGUAGCAGUUGUUUACAUCAUCCAAAACAGAGAGGUAUGUCUCUCAAUUUAUGUAUAA